AUGUUGCAGCUGUCGACGACGGGCAGCCCCGCUGUGGACGUGCAGCACUUCCUGUACGGCAGCGCCAGCGAGGAGGUGCACCGGCGGCAGCUGGCCGGCCUGCUGACGUUGUUCCACGGCGAGCUGCAGAGCACGCUGCGCGCCCUCGGUCUGGCCGCCGAAGCGGACGCCUACCCGCUGGACGAGUUUCUCGAGGACAUGGAACGAACCGCUCCAAGAUAUGAAGACAAUGAAGAGACACAGAAGAAAACCCUAAUAGUGAAAACACUUCUUGAAUCUGGUGGAUUUAAGGACAUAGUAGAAAAAUUAGAUAUAUUCAAGACCGAGGUAGAGAUGUUGCAUGAUAUGAUGCCACAGAUCCAUGAGAAAUUGUCAGCGCUGGAGAAAGAGGAGUUCCGGCCGCUGGCAGCCAAGUGCUACCAAUGGGGUCGGCAGCCCGUGACUUCUCGUGUUGGAGGAUCUCAUCUGGCAUCUCUAGCCACAAAGUACAUAAAUGGGUUAGCAAAUCAGCUUGAAAAAUGUCCUGGCUACGAACAAUAUUCAGAAAGAUACAGGACAUUUGCCAACCGCUUUAUCGAUGUUAAAUAUGAAAGGAUGGAGAAGAUGAAGAAGCAAACAAAACUUCCAGUUCUGACUCACGGUGACUGCUGGAAGAACAACAUGAUGUUUAAGUACAUGAAUGAAGAAGUUUCAGAAGUACGGUUGGUUGACUUUCAGUGUUCAUCAGUAACCAGCCCGGCCUCGGACCUGCUGUACUUCCUGUACUCGAGCGCCAGCGAAAACGUCCACCGGCACCACAUGGAGGACCUGCUGCGCGAGUACCACAGCACGCUGGUAGGCCUGCUGCGGCGUCUGGGACUGGAACAGCAGGCAGAGGCCUACACCUUCGAGGAGCUCAAGAAGGACAUGGACCACUGCUUAGAUUGA